AUGGAAGAUAGUAUAAAAGAAUCUUCAUACCAAUAAAUCUUAUAAUAAGGUAUUAUAUAAAGUCUAAACCUUAUAGUUAAUGAAGCAAAAGCCCAAUAAACAAUAUAAGAGAUAAACAGCCUAGAAAGUAUUUGCUUUAGUUGGAUUACCCAACAAUAAACAGGAUAAAUUUAAAAAGAAGAAAAAAUUAAAAAAAACGAUUCUAUUGAUUUAGAAUUUACUUUAGAAACAAAUGUAUCGUUUGUUAAACAUUAUCAUAGACGGUUGACAAGCUAAAUUUACAUAAAAAGUUUUUUACAAGAUUAAAAUAGAGAAUGAUUGAUGAAAAAAUAUAUAGUACAUUCACUCAAAAUCAAACAACUUAAUUUUUUUAGGAAAUCACAACCUAAAUUUAAAACAAAAUAAAACUAUAUGAAGACAUUUAGAGAUUGUAAUUAUUAUCCAAUUAUCCAAGUAUAAACCAUUAAUAUCCUAAUUUAGGUAAUACAAAAAGGACUUAUUCUAAAUCUGCAAAUAUGAUACUUAAGAAAUGGUUAAUUGAAAAUUACAAUAACCCGUAUCCAAAGCCAUAAUAAGUUGAAUAAUUAGUUCUAUAAACUAAACUUACCAAUAAAUAAGUAAAUAUGAUUUCUCUAUUAUAUUCAGGUUUUAAAUUGGUUCAUAAAUGCCAGAAAUAACCUAAAAAAUAAAUCAUCUAAGGAAAAGAAAUUUAAACAUGUGAUUGAAAAUAAAUUUAAAGAGCUUGUUCUAAUAAAAAAAAAGAAAUAAGAAUAAAGUAUUUGA